ACGAUGGUCGCUGCCGUUCCCGAUGAGGACGGUCUCAUCUCUGGCCUCUCCGAGGACCAGCUGGUGACCGUCGAUGAGAUCGACACGCUCAUCAAGGAGGAGAUCAAGAAGGUGGUGGGCGAGAGCGCGUUCAUGCACACGAAGGUGAACCAGUGGACGUCCAACGUGGUGGAGGGUUGCCUCAAGAGGCUAGCGGCCUUGAACAAGCCUUUCAAGUUCGUCUGCACCGUCAACUUCGUGCAGAAGGCCGGGGCGGGGAUGCACACGGCGAGCACCGCGCUGUGGGACUCCAACGUUGACGGGAAGCACACGGUGCAGUGGGAGAACAACACCAUCCAGUGCAUCACCACGGUGUACUGGCUAGCAAUCUAAACGGGAGAGACGAACGAAUAGCAGCAGCCGCGCGUGUGUACAGCAUCUCGUGUAAUUCACAACCACCGCAUCUGCUAA